AAGCAGUUGCAAAGUAUAACUUGUGUAGCGAGUGCAUUCUACUGCGUUUCAUACAUUUCACAAGUUGUGGAAAAAUACCCUUGCGCACAUCAGCCAUGUUCAGCUUGUGUUUGUCACUAUGUCUUUGCCUCAUAGUCGCUGUGUAUAUCUGGUUGCGUCAGCAUUUUCGUUAUUGGCAAGUGCGUGGGCUACCGCAAAUCCCGCCCACACUGAUCGCUGGCAAUGUCUUCGAUCUGCUACGUUACCGCUGCUGCUUUGGCGAACAAUUCCAGUCGCUCUACGAUCAUCCGGCCGCCAGCGGUCAUGACUUUGUGGGAAUACAUGUGCUGCAUAACCAUGCGCUGUUGUUGCGUGACCCUGCGCUCAUCAAACGUGUGCUCGUGAGUGACUUUAGUGCAUUUGCCAGCCGCUUCGAACGCACUGACGCUGAUGGCGAUGCGAUGGGUUCGCUGAAUUUGUUUUUUGCGCAAUACGAAGUAUGGACGGAGAUACAUCAGAUAUUUUCACCACUAUUUUCUCACGGGAAGGCGAAGCAAAUGUAUCCGCUGCUGCAACAGGUAGGCAACAAGCUGGAGGAACACAUGGCCGCUUUGAGUUUCGACCAAAAAACCCAAUCAGUCAUUGUGGAAGUGAAGGAGCUGAGUGCGCUCUUCACCACCGAUGUAAUUGCUUCACUCGCCUUUGGCAUCGAGGCGAACAGCUUGGCAAAUCCGCAAGCCGAAUUUCGACGCAUGUGCAUCGAAGUUAACGAGCCCCGCUUCAAGCGCGUUCUACAUCUCUUCACCAUUUUCUUCAUGCCUCAGUGGGUGGAGUUGAUCAGCGCACAUCUGUACUCGCCGGAAUAUGAAAAGUUCAUGCGCUCCUCCAUUGAGUAUGUAAUUGAAGAGCGUACGCGCAACGGAGCGCAGCGCAACGAUCUGAUUGAUAUAUUUAUAGCGCUGAAGCGAGAAGCAGCUGGCAGCUCGAAUGAAAGUGUGGUGCAGAAGCGUGACUUCUUCGUGGCUCAAGCGGCCUUCUUGCUGCUGGCCGGCUUCGACACGUCCUCUUCGACAAUCACUUUUGCGCUUUACGAGUUGGCCAAGCAACCGGAGAUACAGCGUCGUUUGCGCGCCGAAUUGUUGGAAGCGCUAACAAAAGGCAAUGGCUCGGUUAAUUAUGACACCAUCAAUGCACUGCCGUAUCUGCGCAUGAUUGUCGAUGAAGUUUUGCGUCUGUAUCCGCCUACCUCCUUUCUCGAUCGACGCUGCACCGCCGAGUUGGGUUACGAAAUAGAUCAUCAGAGUGGCUACUGCAUACCACAAGGCACGCCCGUCUACAUUUCUGUGCUCGGCUUACAUCGGGAUGAGCGGUACUGGCCCAAUCCACUCGAAUUCGAUCCUGAGCGUUUUUCAGCUGAAAAUCGUAAAUUGCAUACGCCAAUGAGUUAUCUACCCUUUGGCGCUGGUCCACGCAGCUGUAUUGGCACGUUGCUGGGUAUGCUGGAAGUCAAAACGGGGCUGGUACACAUUUUGAAGAAUUUUCGUGUGGAAACUUGCUCGCUCACUGCACCGGAAAUGAAGUUUGAGGCCAAGGCUUUCGUUCUGGCCCCAGACGGUGGCACUUAUUUGCGUUUCGUUAAGGAUAAGCUCUUCUGAUGGAAAUAAAUUGCAUGAAAUUGAGUUGUAGGUGUUCUCAAUUUGUCAUGUUUUGUAGCCUGCUGAGGUGAUGGCGCGAGUUUUGGUUUUCUCGCAUCAAUCUGGUAACGUCGUACCGAUAAUUGCAAUAUACAGUAGAAGCAUUUAUUUUUUCCAUGAUUAGCUCUUUCCCGAUUCAAGAAAAUUAUCAUUGAUAUAAUGUACAGGUUAUAACGGGCUUUAGAAGGUAGUAGUUUGAAAAUAUUUUGAAGAGGGUUGCCACCUGCAUAAAAUGUCGAAUUUAGUUAACUUAUAUGUAUAUCUACAAGUUAUAUUAAAUAUCAAAAGAAAGAGUGUUAAGAAGUCUUCAGUUUGAACACUACGAAUAUUUUUGAGAUUUUCGAAGAGGGUUGCCACCUGUUUAAAAG